UGACGUACCCGGUCAGGUAAGACAACUUUCCCAGCUUUACUUUUUUACCUGUGAGCGAGGUAACACAGAUAAUUAGUGGCAGGACGCGGUCUGUAAAGUGGUGGGGAGUCUGUGCUCCAGAAGCGCGCGGGCCGUACCGCAGCCAUGGCUGAAUCCCAGCUUGAGUGCAUGGAGGACGGGCGCAUCGGAGCCAAAGUCCCGGAGUCCAAACCGGAGUUCUACUACAGCGAAGAGCAGCGCGCUGCCAUAGAGGAGCUGCUGAAGAAUGGCGACGGCGCCUUCAAGACGCGACUCAAGGAAGACAACGCGAAAGACUUUUUAUCCGCGAGGGAAGUCAAGGUUCUGGUGAACACUUUCAAACAGUAUGACUCUAAUGACAGCGGCAGCAGCACGUCUCCCUCCAGGUCGGAGCAGGGAGCGUCUGGAACCGACGCGGACUCAGGGGCCCAUUCCACUUACUGGCCCCAGAUGUCGGACACCGAGGUGCCGUCGCUGGACAUCGGCUGGCCAAGCGGGGGGAUGUUCAAAGGGGUUACCCGGGUGUCGGUGCACACACACCCGCCUAAAGACAACGGUCCUCACAUCAAGGAGGUGGUUCGCCGGCUCAUCCAGGAGGCGAGCAAGGUCAUUGCCAUAGUGAUGGACAUGCUUACAGAUAUCCACAUCCUGCAGGACCUGAUGGAUGCAGCUUGCCGUCGGUCUGUGCCUGUUUACAUUGUGUUGGAUGACCAAGCUGUUCCUCAUUUUCUGGACAUGUGUUCCAGGCUUCAGAUUGGCUCACAACACCUUCGGUACAUUCGAGCAAGAAUGGUCCAAGGAGUUGGCUUGAGCUUGUCUUUUGGCAAAUUUCCUGGUUCGCUUUCUAGUAAAUACAUGCUGGUAGAUGGAGACAAAGUUGCAUUUGGCUCUUACAGUUUCGCUUGGUCUGCAUCUCGUAUGGACCGAAACAUGAUCACUGUGAUGACAGGACAGGUGGUUGACUUGUUCGACAGAGAUUUCCGUGAGUUAUACGCUAUGUCUGAGAAACUGGACCUCUACAAGGAGUUUCAUGUUAGCCCCCCUGCUUCCGGUGUGACCGCCACAGUUCGCUCCAAAUUGGAGCCCAAACGCCCACCAUUGCCAGCAACCACAUCCCGCUUCCAGGUGAGCCUCGGAGAUUCUAGGAACGCUGAGAUUCAGGUUCCUGCCCACAAAUACUACAACCCCAAAUACUCAUUGGUGUUUGGAGAUAUUCCACGUCCUCCAAGGUCCCUGCAAAACGAUGUGCAGAAGUGGGAUAUAGCAAAUGUUCCUGAAGAGGAGGGAAGACGGCGAUCGGCCAGCAGUCUUAAUCUAGACCAAUCUAGUCCAUUGCCCUCAGAGGCCCCAAGUGAGAACCACGAGAAAACAAAGAAAGUAACUCAGGGGAAGAAGAAAUGGUUUUCUUUGAAGUCACGUAAAAAUAAAUCUUCAAGUAAGACUUCGGUUAAAGACAUAGUGAGUCCCUCACCGACAGAUACUCCUCCCGAUGAUAAAAUUGAGGACGGUUUUGUGGUGGUUGGAGGAACCCCAACUAAAGGGAGUAAGAAGCGCUCUAAACUGGACCGAAGAACAUCGUCUCAGCAAACUGUCAACACUGCACAAGACAGAGAGAGUGUAAAGAGUUGUCGUCGUGGAAAGUCAGGAUGUAAAACAUCCUAAACUGAACAUGUUUGUCUGUGUAAACACAAUACAUGUUACAUGUUCUUUAACACAUUACAAAAUUACUUUAUUAAAACUGGUUUAAUACACUGAUAUGUCCCGCACCUUAAAGCAAGACCAGAUCAACGUGGGGUUCUUCAGGUAUUCAUUUAUAAAUGCUGGUUUUAUGUCUGGUGCCUAAUGUAUAAUUACGUUGUAGGUUUGGGGUUUUUCUAUCGAAGACGGUUGAUUUUUUUAUUUUUUAUUUUAUUGGUUUUUUGUUUAGGGCUUGUUUUUAUGUGUUUUUAUGUAGGGAUGAACUACAAAGUAAGAGUAAUGAAGUAGAAUGACAUGCUUUGAAUGUCACAGCCAAUAAAUGGCCCUUUUUUAACCUGUGUAUAAAACCACAGUUAUUUCUACAGUGGUUAUGUUUUAAAAUGCCUUAUUUUAAUUUCUACUGAGCCAUAUUGAUUCUUUACAAUGAAAUGGGCAUGCAACCCCCAAAAGAACCAAAUGAAUAUUUUCAGGCUUUGGUCCUGGUGUGUAAUGAACCUUAAACACUGUUGAUAUUGCUGCUAACAGUACAGAUUAGAAGAUUUAUUUCUAUAUCUGUAUUUAUAACAUCAGGUAAUUUUUACUUUUUAUUUUUACUCAAAAGGUAAUGCUUUUGUACUAAACACUAUGCUGUCUCACUACUGCACAUGUGCAUUGCCUUUGUGGGCUUUGUUGAUAGGAGACAGCCAUGAGAAAAUGGUGCAAUUAUCAACAUUUAAUGCAUCGGAUGCAUUAUUAACGUAAUCACCAGCUAAAUCAGAUUAGCACAGAUUUGUUUUGGUGGACAUUUUCAAAAUCCCAUGGUAUAAGUGAUGGAUCUUAAAACUGAAUGAACAUGGGAAAAAAAUAAAUACAUAUUCUUUACAGAUAUGACUGGAUUUGACAUUCAGUAAAAUGCUAUUCAUAUCUCCAAGUUCUGAACCACAUGGAUGCCGUAGCAAAGUUAGAUAAAAAAAAAACAUGUCAAAGUUAAAUUUACUGGCAAACUGCAAUAUGUACAUGACAUACACAUGAUUGAAAUUACAUUAGUGUAAAACCCAAAUAAAAAAAUAUGAAUUGUGUACGUCAAAGGUUCCUGAUAUUGGCAUCAAGAUGAAUAGACUGCAACUAAAACAUGUACACUGAACCAAGUUCUUGAGCACGCAAAGUCAGCGUGAAGAUUGCCUACCGAUCUGUGUAUCAGUGUAUGAAUGUGUGCACGUUAGUGAGUGCUAUUGGGUGAAUGUGGCUCUAGUAUUAAGUGUUUUAAGUGGUCAGUAUGACUGGAAAAGCGCUAUAUAAGUUCAGCCCAUUUACCAUUUAAAGUUUAAGUGCCCAGAUUUGAAGCUGUCUUGUCAAAAAUAUGAUAAAAAUAUCUUUUAGAAAUGCAUUAUAUGAAGGAAAUAUUUAGAUUUUGAAAUCACACUGUUACCAACAAUCCCAUAUUGUCUUCUUUUCAGCAGUAUGACUCACCAUUACAGUAUUUAUUUUCAAAUACUACCAUCUAUUUCUGUGAUCCAAACAGCUCCAAUAAUGAAUAAGUUACCUUUAUCUGAAGUAGCCAGCCCUCGUCAUGUGACUCACACAAGCUGCAGGGUUUGUGUAAGAAAGCUUAUGAUUUUUAGUUUUAACACCACGCCUGUUUUUUUCUUAAUAAGAGAAUUGUUUACCAUCAGGUUAAUCUCACUUUAUAGUGACAGUACUUUUUCACUAGUGCAACACAUCUCAGUUGAUAGAAAGGACUGUGUAAAGUACAUAUGCAGAGAAACACAAUCACACUCACCUUGCAGUUGAAAUUAAACCACUGAAUUAAAAAGUCAUAGGAGAUAAAAACCCUCUCUUGUUCUUUGUGAUUAAUUUUUUAUUUACACUUUGAAGAAAACCUUCACAACCUUCACUCUUAAAUCAAGAGAUAUUGACAAAAAAAUGCUGUUUUUUGUGUUACCCAUUUUGUGGUUUUUUGGUUUGUUAGGUUUUUACAAGGGUUUGAUAGCUAUGGUGCAUUACUUUUGUAUAUUUCAAAGAAAUUUCAAUAAAUAAUUUGCCAUUCA